CACGAGGACAUGGUCAUACCGACACCACGAGGACAUGGUCAUACCGACACCACGAGGACAUGGUCAUACCGACACCACGAGAACAUGGUCAUACCGACACCACAAGGACAUGGUCAUACCGACACCACGAGGACAUGGUCAUACCGACACCACAAGGACAUGGUCAUACCGAGGACAUGGUCAUACCGACACCACGAGAACAUGGUCAUACCGAGGACAUGGUCAUACCGACACCACGAGGACAUGGUCAUACCGACACCACGAGAACAUGGUCAUACCGACACCACGAGGACAUGGUCAUACCGACACCACAAGGACAUGGUCAUACCGAGGACAUGGUCAUACCGACACCACGAGGACAUGGUCAUCCCGAGGACAUGGUCAUACCGACACUACGAGAACAUGGUCAUACCGACACCACGAGGACAUGGUCAUACCGACACCACGAGGACAUGGUCAUACCGAGGACAUGGUCAUACCGACACCACGAGGACAUGGUCAUACAGACUCCACGAGGACAUGGUCAUACAGACUCCACGAGGACAUGGUCAUUACCGACACCACGAGAACAUGGUCAUACCGACAUCAUGAGAACAUGGUCAUACCGACACCACAAGGACAUGGUCAUACCGAGGACAUGGUCAUAUCGACACCACGAGGACAUGGUCAUACAGACUCCACGAGGACAUGGUCAUACAGACUCCACGAGGACAUGGUCAUUACCGACACCACGAGAACAUGGUCAUACCGACAUCAUGAGAACAUGGUCAUACCGACACCACGAGGACAUGGUCAUACCGACACCACGAGGACAUGGUCAUACCGACACCACGAGGACAUGGUCAUACAGACUCCACGAGGACAUGGUCAUACCGACACCACGAGGACAUGGUCAUACCGACACCACGAGGACAUGGUCAUACCGACACCACGAGGACAUGGUCAUACAGACUCCACAAGGACAUGGUCAUACCGACACCACGAGGACAUGGUCAUACCGACACCACGAGAACAUGGUCAUACCGACACCACGAGGACAUGGUCAUACCGACACCACGAGGACAUGGUCAUACCGACACCACGAGGACAUGGUCAUACCGACACCACGAGGACAUGGUCAUACCGACAUCAUGAGGACAUGGUCAUACCGACACUUUAAUACUCACUGAACUACAUAGCCAAAACUAAGGGCCAAGUAGCGUCCUGUCUGUCCCCUGGAUGUCAACCAUCACUAUGGUCCACAGAUUUCACUCUCAGCCACUCAACUAUCAAAAGAAGUUCAACAGAAGCAUUCCAACCAUCCUUAAAAAUAAACUUCCACAUGAUAACAAAGACAAACUAGAAGGGCAAACCUGAGAGGAGAGAAGUAGAGGACUGACUAAAAUAAACAGUGAUGUAGACAGCAUGUGGAAGUUAGUUACAAUUUGAAACCCUGAGGGUUAGCUACCUUUUUGUUUGGUUAUCAUGGCAUUAUGCAACAUUCAAAGAAAAGGCUCAUCUAUAUAGCCUCAGUAUGAAUAGUAGAUGUUUUGCAAAUGGAAGCUUUUAACAACAGUAGAAUAUUUACUAAUAACAUUGUCUGUAGAUAUUCAACACUACUUCCUAAGCUCAUAACCAG